AUGGAUUUCAAACGGAAGAAAACAAGUGAACUUUGGACUUUGUUUGAUCCUAUAGACAAGGACACAGCUUUGUGUAAACAAUGCAAAAGUAAGUUCUCCUUGCGAGGUUCUACCUCAAACUUGAAAAAACAUAUUCAGAGGAAACAUCCCACAAUUAAUUUAGAUUUUGCUACCAAUCGCGCACAAACGACUGGGAUAAUAAAUGAAGAAACGCCUGUAUUAAUUAUUGAGGCAGGCCCCUCCUCAGUUCCUUCAUCUACUACUGCUGUUGUUGUAAGUGAACCGGCAGAAGAAACCACUGCUAACCUAAACCUUCAAGUAGAACCUGUAGAAUCCUUAGCCCCAGCUCUCAAACCUAGCAGUGUUAAAAGGCAGGCUACACUAGCAUCAUUUGUCCCUAAGAAAAUUACAGUCGGCGAGAAAAACAAAAUCGAUGGUGCUAUUUUAAACAUGAUAGCGUCCGACUUCCAACCCUUUACAAUGGUCGAAGAUCAAGGUUUUCAAUCACUUAUGAAAGUGUGUGCCCCUAAUUAUAAAAUACCAUCAAGGAAAUACUUUUCCAGUACUCUUUUACCAGCUCGAUUUGAAGAAAAAAGAGAAGAUUUAAUAAACAAAUUAAAAGAGGAGGCACAAUCUGUAUGCAUAACCACAGAUUCGUGGACUUCGCCUGUGAAUGACAGUUACACGGCAGUAACUGUCCAUUACAUCGACGGGAACUUUGAAACAAAGACUUAUUUGUUGGAAUGUGCAGAGAGCAACUCAUCUCACACAUCUCAAUAUUUGGCAAAUGAAAUCUUGCGAGUGGUGGAUGAGUGGGGACUUGACAAACAAAGUGAUAUUGACACAUUGUUGAAAAAAGUUAAAACCACCGUGACAUUCUUCAAGAGGAGUAACGCUGCUACUCAAAAACUGUUGAAAUAUCAACAACAAACUGGAGCUAAGCAGCCCAAAAAGCUUCUUCAAGAUGUGUCCACUCGUUGGAAUUCCACAUUCUUCAUGAUGCAGCGCUUCUUUUCUCUCCAAGAAGCAAUCAAACACGCGCUUGCUCUUGUGGACAAUGACCUGGAGAAGCUCACCCAAGAUGAGUGGGAAACAAGCAACCAAGCGUGUUUGGUACUAGAACCUUUUUUCGAAGUUACGAAAGUCAUGAGUGCAGAAAACUAUGUAUCUGCGAGUAAGGUAAUUCCAAUUACCAGGGGGCUGAAAUCCACUGUAAGCAAAAUAUCACUGGAAAUCACCAAUACUCAGGUAAAGAAAUUGGUGACAAGUUUAAUGAGUGGAAUUGACAAGAGACUUGCUAAUUUAGAAAAAAGUAGAACAUUGGCAUUGUGUACAUUCCUUGACCCCCAGUACAAACAGCACAUGUUUGAGGACUUCGCCACCCGAGACAAUAUCAAAAGACAUGCCAUCCAACUAGUCUCUGGUAUGAUUAGUAGUAAGGAACGGGUUGUUGAAACAAACGAAACCACUCCUCAAUUAGACCUAGACAACCCCGAUGAUCCCGACGAGCCUCCGGCAAAAAAGUUUUCUAUUUGGGAUGAUGUUGACCAAACAAUUAGCCAAGCCAGGCCUGUUGGGACCCCUUACUCACAGGCUAUUCAGGAGGUUCAGCGGUACUAUGAUGACACUCCAAUACCAAGGAAGGAAAAUUCCUUGUUGUGGUGGAAAAACCACCAAAAGGUAUACCCAAACCUAGCUGAGCUUGCGAAAACUCACCUGAACAUGGUUGCUACCAGCGUCCCCUGCGAAAGAAUGUUUUCGAAGGCUGGUAAUUUAAUCAGCGACCGGAGAACGAGACUGUCAACGAAAAAAGUGAAGCAGUUGAUGUUUUUAAAUGCAAACUCGAAAUAA